ACCAUUAUAACAGAGCUGCGGCGCGCGCCAGGCUGUCUUCUCCCGCGAAGCCGAGCUUCAUUUAGCUAACUACGCACAAAGGCUUUCACCUCAAGCUUCUCUUCCUCGACCAUAACUGCAACUUGUGCUCUUUUUUUCCUCCUCGCUCUUCCCAACUUCGAGGAAUUUGCUCCGUUUUUCGCCCAGUCCACCUUUUCAACACACACCCCACAGCAAGCAUGUUUGAGGCUCGCCUUGUCCAGGGAUCCAUCUUAAAGAAGGUCCUGGAGGCCCUGAAGGAUCUGAUCACGGAGGCAUGCUGGGACGUCAGCUCGUCCGGCAUCUCGCUGCAGAGCAUGGACUCCUCUCACGUCUCUCUGGUGCAGCUCACCCUCCGCAGCGACGGCUUCGACUCGUACCGUUGCGACAGAAACCUCGCCAUGGGAGUCAACCUGGGCAGUAUGUCAAAGAUCCUGAAAUGCGCCGGAAACGAAGACAUCAUCACGCUCCGAGCCGAUGACAAUGCAGACACACUCGCACUUGUCUUUGAGACCAUCAACCAGGAGAAGGUGUCAGAUUACGAGAUGAAGUUGAUGGACCUCGAUGUGGAGCAGCUGGGAAUUCCAGAGCAGGAGUACAGCUGCGUGGUCAAGAUGCCGUCAGGGGAGUUUGCACGCAUCUGCCGUGACCUCUCGCAGAUCGGCGACGCCGUCAUGAUCUCCUGCGCCAAGGACGGUGUCAAGUUCUCCGCCAAUGGAGAACUGGGCACGGGAAAUAUCAAGCUGUCCCAGACAAGCAAUGUGGACAAGGAAGAGGAGGCGGUGACUAUUGAGAUGAAUGAGCCAGUUCAGCUCAUCUUUGCCCUCAACUACUUGAACUUCUUCACCAAAGCCACUCCUCUGUCUAAGACGGUCACCCUCAGCAUGUCCGCGGACAUUCCUCUCGUGGUGGAAUACAAGAUUGCCGACAUGGGCCACGUCAAAUAUUACCUGGCUCCCAAGAUCGACGAGGAGGCUUCAUAAGUAAGCAGAAAGUCAACGAGAAGGGAGAAUUGAAAA